CUCUCAAGCGCGUCUUUAUCUCAUCAUCUUCCUCGAAAUGGGCGACACACAAAAAAGGAAGGGAAAAGAUUGUAAAUUUACAUCAACCCAUUUGGCUUCUCCCUCUAGAGAUUGAAGGACUUUGUUGGUUUCGUGUGCGAGAGGGAGAGCGAGAGAUGGAUCAUGCGGCGGAUGCUCACCGUACGGAUUUGAUGACCAUAACGAGGUUCGUGUUGAACGAGCAGUCAAAGUAUCCGGAAUCUCGUGGGGAUUUCACUAUCUUGCUCAGUCACAUCGUUUUGGGCUGCAAAUUCGUUUGCAGUGCAGUGAAUAAGGCAGGUCUAGCGAAGCUCAUUGGACUUGCAGGGGAAACCAACAUUCAGGGUGAAGAGCAGAAGAAGCUAGAUGUGCUCUCCAAUGACGUCUUUGUCAAAGCCUUUGUUAGCAGUGGCAGAACGUCCAUCCUUGUCUCUGAAGAAGACGAGGACGCAACGUUUGUGGAACCUUCCAAGCGUGGAAAGUAUUGUGUUGUCUUCGAUCCGCUCGAUGGGUCCUCAAACAUCGACUGUGGUGUUUCCAUUGGGACGAUUUUCGGGAUUUACACGUUGAAGCACAACGAUGAACCGACCAUCGAUGAUGUCCUACAACCGGGAAGCGAGAUGGUGGCAGCUGGGUAUUGUAUGUACGGAAGCUCAUGCAUGCUCGUUUUGAGCGCUGGAACCGGCGUCAAUGGAUUUACCCUUGACCCAUCUCUUGGAGAGUUCAUACUAACUCAUCCCGACAUUAAGAUUCCGAAAAAGGGAAAGAUCUAUUCCGUAAACGAGGGCAAUGCCAAGAACUGGGAUGGUCCGACUACAAGGUACGUAGAGAAAUGCAAGUUUCCCGAAGAUGGUUCGCCCCCAAAGUCUCUGAGAUAUGUCGGGAGUAUGGUGGCUGAUGUCCAUCGAACGCUGCUCUAUGGAGGUAUCUUUUUGUACCCCGCUGACAAGAAAAGCCCCAACGGGAAAUUGCGAGUCCUCUACGAAGUCUUCCCGAUGUCAUUCUUGAUGGAGCAAGCUGGAGGUCAGGCCUUCACCGGCAAGGAACGGGCGCUAGAUCUCGUCCCGAGGAAGAUCCACGAGCGUUCGCCGAUAUUCCUGGGAAGCUACGAGGAUGUCGAAGAGAUCAAGACUCUCUAUGCCAAUGACGCCAAGAACGCAUAAGCUCCUCAGUCUCUCUCUCUCUCUCUCUCUCUCUCUCUCUCUCUCUCUCUCUGAUAACGCAAAAAAAGGCCUUGGAGGCUGUUUGCUGUGUUGUGAUGAGACGAUGAUACAUCACUCUUUUUGUCAUUUUCCCUGAACCUAAACGUAAACUUUUGUUCAUCUGGUUCAUGUUCUUCUGCAA